UAUCGAUUAGUCGCAUCGCAUCGAACGGUCCCAUCGGUGGCUGUGUCCGGCCCAAGGACGUGUGAUUGCUGUAACUGAGAAGCCGUGGUAUGUAAGGUUUCAUUCCCGUCGGUCGGUUCCUCUCCCUGGUGCAAGAAAGUAACUCGAUCCUACCCGAGCGACCGACGACACAGCAAGAGUCAAAGAUUAUCAUCGUGCGAACGUGUGACUGACUCAUCCCGAGCGAGAGGGAGAGAGAGAGAGAGGAGCAAAGACAGCCAAAUACCGACUCCAGGAGGGGCGAAGGGAGAAGAAUUGUGGAAGGGAAAAUUACCAUAGAAUACUCUAAGGAUGGCCAAACACACUGGCACGAUUACGUGCCAUCGACGAGUGCCGCCGCUGAUAAGGUACCGGGCAUUCGUCGUCUGCACGCUGUUUGUCUCCGGCUUAGCUCUCGUCGCAGAUCGUCUCCCUGUCGGUGAGGCUGAACCGCUUGAUUUGAGUUUCGUCAAACAGUUCCUUCGCAAUCGCAUAGCGAGCAGCAAAUCAAAGGCAGCUUGUGUGGCCGACAUGAAGUCAGGCACUGAAAUCGUGGGACCACCGACCGCGGAAACGUUGGCCAUCUGGGAGAAGCAAUACUCACCCUCGGCCUGGAGUAUCCGCUACGAAACGCCCGCCGAGGUCAUCAAUUAUCAUGUGCAGUUCGCGAAGGAAGUGAGUGACGCCAAUCGGGCUGCAAUGACGACGAAACUGGACAUCGAUUAUGGGAGUGGAGAGCGGGAAAAGGUGGACAUUUAUGGGGAUGAUCUACCCGAGGAUGCACCGCUGUUCGUGUACAUUCACGGUGGUUACUGGCAGAUGCUGGAGAAGGAAACGUCCGCCUAUCCAGCGAAACCACUGGUCGAUCGGGGUAUCCGUGUGAUGAUCGUAGGUUACGAGCUGUGCCCCUCGGUUACGCUGGACGAGCUGGUGAAUCAAAUCCGGGUGGCCGGUGAGUACGUGCUGAACUAUGCCACGGAACACGGCGUGCGGCAGGUGGCCCUGGCAGGGCAUUCGGCCGGUGCGCACCUGAUUGCUAGUAUGCUGGAUAAGCAGUUCAAAAGUGCCGUCGGUGGCGAAGAGUUUGCUCUACUUAAGGACGUCUAUCUCAUCUCGGGAGUGUACGACGUACAGGAACUACGCUACACCGUGAGCGUUAAUCAGGACAAUCUGCUCGGUUUGAACGAUAACAACGUGCUCCGGUUGUCACCGUUGUCGAUGAGCUUUAGCCACCUGACCGGCGACGGAGCGGGGCCACGGUUUCACGUGUACGUAGCCGAGCACGAUAGUGAAGUGUUCCGCACUAUGGCCACCGGUAUGAAGAACCAUCUGGAAUCGUUUGCGUUAACCUGUGAUUUGAACGUGCUGCCAGGACUCGAUCAUUUCGAUAUUGUGGAGAACCUAUCCCAAACCGAUCACCCGUUGACGAUUGCGAUUCUGAAAGGAUUCGACAAGACGAUCGAUACCACGGUAGAGGAAGUGAUAUAGAGGAGUAGUAAAUGAAAUGCACAAAUGCACCAUCAAGAACGCGUCGUGUGUUUAGUGUGUGAUUGUUCGAAAAAUAUGUUUC